CUUUCUAAGAGCCAGUGCUGGAACCGAUCGCAAUCUCCUCUUCGGGUCCCAAAUUCCUUGACGUUUGAGGCUCCUUGGUGCAGUACUUGGAGGAGUGAGCAACUUGGUUGAUAUCGUUACGACCACCUUAUGAAAUCACGUACCCAUGGGAAUGCCGUAUUAUCUCAGAUCACAGGUGACCUCUCACCGAUAGCGCCGAAUACGUCCUCCGAAAUGGCGUGGGCCAUCCCCGCCGACCUUUCGCGACACAUUCCUCCCAGGCCUCCAUUUGCUUCACAACACUCGAGCUCAUUACCCUCUACUCCUUAUCAACACCCUCGUGGUCUCCAGUUCGUAUCGAGAUCUCCGUCGCCGAACCGCAGGAGCAGCUCUCCACGAUCGACUCACUCAGAAUCCACCCACCUACUCCCAUCACUACGACGACCCUAUGGAGGCUGUAAAUACGAAACUGGAAUGGCUCAUUUCCGCCGGCGGAUUCCGUAUUCGCUGGGGAGCGAACUCUUACCCAAGGAAUUGGGUCCAUUGAAGGACCAACUGGAUUCCGCUGACGAAAAAAAGCUUAGUGGAGAUAUGAGAGAACUUUAUGAUAGGCUUUUGCCGUCAGAGGAGAGUGAAUCUCGACGGUUGAAGUUCGUGGACAAGUUAGAGAAUUUAUUAAACAAGCAAUGGCCAGGGAACAACAUUCGAGUUCAUGUGUUUGGGUCUUCCGGGAACAAACUUUGUUCAAGCGAUUCUGAUGGUGGCAUGGAGCGAGUUGUUUGCGUUUCCCAUGCACGAGUUCCGAUUGUGAAAAUCUGGGACCCCGAAUUGCGGUUGGCCUGCGAUAUGAAUGUCAAUAACACCCUUGCUCUCGAGAAUACCCGAAUGAUCAGAACAUACGUUGAGAUCGAUGAACGAGUUCGCCAGCUAGCAAUGAUUGUUAAGUACUGGACUAAGAGACGAAUUCUGAAUGAUGCUGCCCUUGGUGGUACUCUAAGUUCCUACACGUGGAUUUGCCUUAUAAUCAACUUCCUCCAAACAAGAAAUCCUCCCAUCUUGCCUAGUUUACAAGAAAGACGUGCCAAGCAACCGAAAAAAGCAGAUGACCCCGGUUCAUCGUUUGAUGAUGACAUGGAAAAGCUGUCUGGGUUCGGGCAGGAGAAUAAGUCGUCGUUGGGCGAACUUCUGUUCCAGUUUUUUCGGUACUACGGCCAUGAAGUUGACUAUGAAACUAAGGUCAUGUCAGUACGGAUGGGUACUUUGAUAUCAAAGGAAGGGAAAGGUUGGCAUCUGCUCCAGAAUAAUCGACUUUGCGUUGAGGAGCCGUUUAAUACAUCGCGGAAUCUUGGUAACACUGCAGACGAUACCUCAUUUCGCGGAUUACAUAUGGAAUUACGGCGAGCGUUUUCUGCAGUGGCUGAGGGAAAAUUAGACGAGUGCUGUGAGCAGUAUGAGUAUCCUCCGGAGGAAGAACGCAAUUGGGAAAGACCGCCACCUCAGCCACGACCUAUACUUGCGCCGACUCCUGCUGUUCCCUCGCGAGGAGGUAGAGGGGGAGGAAGAGGAGGUCGCCAUAAUAAUAACCACUACAAUCGGGGACAGAAUACUGGACGCCGAUCUUCCAGCAGUACGAACCGACCGAACAACACUCGACAUACAAAUCCAUCAUUCGCAGCAGAUAUUGCACUCCAAGCCCAACAAGCCCAGCAGGCACAGUAUCUGCUGCAUGACCAUCUUUAUCAACAAAUACAAAUUCUGCAAGCUCAAGAACAAGAGUUGCGCAUGCAACUUCAAAACCAAGCGCUCAUCAGUGGCAGGGCACCUCCCACACUACUUCGACAACCAUAUUUGCAAUUCCCGUUCCAGCAAGAUGCAUCCGGUCCAGAUGAAAAUUCAAGAGCCCGAGCUGGGACUGUAAAUCACCCGCCUCUAACCGCUCCCGUCCGACAGCACGUGUUUUACAACCCUUCAUUCAUCCCAAUACCCAUUCCCACUCUCCAGGGAGCCACCACAGACCCGCCAUCGCCCUCGACGGCUCCCUCCGCCCCUGAUACUCGCCGUAAUCAUCGACGAUCAUCUGUUGCUAAUGGAUCCCCUCGCGGACCACUGCGAGCUCAAUCCCAACCAGCACGACCUUUACAAUCUCCUGUGGUACAAAAUUUUGGAAACAUAUACCAGCCCGUACCUUUAGGUGAAGCUCCCCACACGCCAAACACAAAACUGCCACCAGCUUCUCCAAAGCGGGCAGGUGCCGAGGUCGAAAGACCUGUCACCAACGGCAUUCCUAUGUUUUCAAGAUCGUAUAUGGAUGAAAGUCGCGCCUCAGAGUACGUUGGGUACUACUUAGGAGACUCCCCUCAAUCUCAGGCAACCCUUCAUCUGCCAAUGACAACUCCCCACUCUAUCGCCACUGGGUUGGCAAUCCAAAACAGUGGGUUGUUCUCACAUCUCCGGAAUCAAGCAGACUACCAUCACUCCAUGGGAACUUCUAUUGAGAAGACCAUUCCAUCCACGGAACAAGCGCAUGUACCUGACCAUAUCAAGCAUUCGAAAAAUACACCACCCUGUGGCCGACCCAAGUCCCAAAAAGAUCGAGGUCCACUCAUAGUUGAUGGUUCCCUUCCGACCAACGACCGUCAGUACUCUUUGUCCACAGAAAAUCUAGAUCAUUUCGCGCCAAUGAGUUUCAGUACUUCUGCAUCCGAGGAUAGACCAUUUGAUACUUCUGGAAGUCCAUCAGAUACCCUCUCUCAAGGAUUUCCAGACCAUGCCCCUUAUGAUGAGGAAUACGAAAAAGCCUAUGGACGGGGUGGACAAGCCACACAACCACAACACCACAUUAACGGUUGGGAUUCUACCAACACAAAGGGCGUGGCGAUAAACGGCCACCUCACCCUAUCGGAGCGGCUCCAAAGGUAUCAGAUAUCCGACACUAGUCGUUCAUCUGAUUGGCAUGGAAAGAUGAAAACGAACCAGCACAAGGGAGCUAAACAAUACGCAUACAGAGCAGAAAAUGGGCUGCUUGACAAAGAUCAACAUGGUCCACAUGAUAACCAUGUCCAGUCAUCUAACCAACUGUCUGCUCUCUCCCCGGUGAAGGAAACGCGAACCGUCUCGCCCACCACAAAGCGACGAGUAAAUGGUGUAGAUUCCGAUAGAUCCAAUGGGUCGAGUCAUAGGAACAGACAGCGAGGGCGACAUGAUUCCGUCAACACUCAACAUCAAUUGGAAAACAGCAAAGACAAACAAACAGAAGCCCACCAUCGAAAACCCAAUGGCGUUCCAUCAUCCACCAACGGAGCCGGUGGAAACGAACAUCAUCAACACACUGGAUCAGGCUCUGCGGGUUGGCAAACAACAACGAAGAAGAAGAACAAAAGAGGGAACAAAACCCCCGCUGAACCGGUACACAACAGCCUUUCCAAUGGCGUCGAGCCUCUUCCAGCUGACGAGUCAUUGAGAAAAGGCGGCUGA